AGCAGCCUUGGCGGCGGCCGCGGCAGGACUGGCAGCGCCAGCGGCGGGUGAGGGGCUUGUGGCUCGCGGCUUGUGGCGGCGGCGGCGCACGGGCUGCCUCGAGGAAGAAAGAAGCCUGAGACAUCAGCCUAUGAAGACUGAAGACCAUCCUGAAUAGCAAUUAUGAAUGGUGUUGCUGCUAGGCUUGUUCUGCAGAGCAUCUGAAAUGAACCUCUCUUAUUGAUUGUUUUUAUUGGCCCAGAGCCAGGAGUACUGGAUUCAGUUGACUUCACGAUUAAAAGAAAACAGUUUUGGUUACCAUCAUAAACAUAUGAACCAUUGUGAUGGUGAAAUGAGAUGAGGCUCCGAAAUGGAACUGUAGCUACUGUUUUAGCAUUUAUCACUUCGUUCCUUACUUUAUCUUGGUAUACCACGUGGCAAAAUGGGAAAGAAAAACUGAUUGCUUAUCAACGAGAGUUUCUUGCCUUGAAAGAACGUCUUCGUAUAGCUGAACAUAGAAUCUCGCAGCGCUCUUCUGAAUUAAAUGCCAUUGUACAGCAGUUCAAGCGUGUAGGAGCAGAAACAAAUGGAAGUAAGGAUGCAUUAAAUAAGUUUUCAGAUAAUACCCUAAAGCUAUUAAAGGAGUUAACAAGCAAAAAAUCUCUUCAAGUGCCAAGCAUUUAUUAUCAUUUGCCUCAUUUAUUGCAAAAUGAAAGAAGCCUUCAGCCUGCUCUGCAGAUUGGUAAUGGAAGAACAGGAGUGUCAAUAGUAAUGGGAAUUCCCACGGUGAAGAGAGAAGUUAAAUCUUACCUCAUAGAAACUCUUCAUUCCCUUAUUGAUAAUCUGUAUCCUGAAGAGAAGUUGGACUGUGUUAUAGUAGUCUUCAUAGGAGAGACAGAUAGUGAUUAUGUACACAGUGUUGUAGCCAACCUGGAGAAAGAAUUUUCUAAAGAAAUCAGUUCUGGUUUGGUGGAAAUAAUAUCACCUCCUGAAAGCUAUUAUCCUGACCUGACAAACUUAAAGGAGACAUUUGGAGACUCUAAAGAAAGAGUAAGAUGGAGAACAAAGCAAAAUCUGGAUUAUUGUUUUCUAAUGAUGUAUGCUCAGGAAAAGGGAAUAUAUUACAUUCAGCUUGAAGAUGAUAUUAUUGUCAAACAGAAUUACUUUAACACUAUAAAAAAUUUUGCACUUCAACUUUCUUCUGAGGAAUGGAUGAUACUAGAAUUCUCCCAACUGGGCUUCAUUGGUAAAAUGUUUCAAGCACCAGACCUCACUCUGAUUGUGGAAUUCAUAUUUAUGUUCUAUAAGGAGAAACCCAUUGAUUGGCUCUUGGACCAUAUACUCUGGGUAAAAGUCUGCAACCCUGAGAAAGAUGCAAAACAUUGUGAUAGACAGAAAGCCAAUCUACGAAUUCGCUUCAGACCUUCCCUUUUCCAACAUGUUGGUCUGCAUUCUUCUCUAUCAGGAAAAAUUCAGAAACUCACGGAUAAAGAUUACAUGAAACCAUUACUUCUUAAGAUCCAUGUAAACCCACCUGCAGAGAUAUCUACUUCUUUGAAGGUGUACCAAGGACAUACACUGGAGAAAACUUACAUGGGGGAAGAUUUCUUCUGGGCUAUAACCCCAAUAGCCGGAGACUACAUCUUAUUCAAAUUUGAUAAGCCAGUCAAUGUGGAAAGUUAUUUGUUCCAUAGUGGCAAUCAAGAACAUCCAGGAGAUAUUCUCCUAAACACAACUGUGGAAGUUUUGCCUCUUAAGAGUGAAGGUUUGGAAAUAAGCAAAGAAACCAAAGACAAACGAUUAGAAGAUGGUUAUUUCAGAAUAGGAAAAUUUGAGAAUGGUGUUGCUGAAGGAAUGGUGGAUCCCAGUCUAAACCCCAUUUCAGCCUUUCGACUUUCAGUCAUUCAGAAUUCUGCUGUUUGGGCCAUUCUUAACGAGGCUGGUAGCAGAAGUCAGAGAUUGACAGCAAGAGAACUCAAGGCACACGAGAAGAAAUGCAGAUGCCCGGAAGGAGCUGACAGAGGCCUCAGCCAACAGCCCAGGGAGUGGGUACUCCAGCUCUACAGCCACAGGAACUCAGUUAAUCAACAACCUGAAUGAGCCUGCAACUACAAUCCCCUCCAGCAGAGGAGAACCCGGCCCACCACCACCUUGAUUCCAGCCUUGUGAGACCCACUGCCGAGAACACCAAUCAAGCCCACCCUGACUUCUGGCCUGCAGACUGUGAGAUAAUAAAUAGGUAUGGUCUUCAGCUUCUGAAUUUGUGAUUUGUUACACAGUAGAAAAUGAAUAUAAUAUUGAAAAGAGAUGACAAGUCUUCAUACGUGAUUGCCUGUAGUUAAGUUGGAUAUUUCUCGAUAACCACAGGGGUCAAGUCUUACACUAGCAAACUUUUACCUGGGCAUCCUUUGGAGUUUCUCUCCCAGAGAAUCUGAAGUAGUCCUGACUGGAAGUUUGUCACCAAAAACAUCUUAGCAGUGUAUCUUAGCAGUGUUUUGUAAAGAAACUGCUAGAAUGGUAUUGUGCUCGUACUAGAACCAGGAUCCAGUGUAUAUAGAAUCUUUUUCCUGGAAGAGGUGUUAUUUUGUGCUGGUUUAGUCUGCUCUGAUCCUGUCAGUAUACUAUUUAAGAAUGAUGAACAGUAGUAUUUUAAAUAUUAGGAGAGAGAAAAGACUUCUGCCUUUAUGUAAGAGAUCAGAUAAUCUACUCCGUACUGAAGAACUUAAUUUUUUUUAAACCCACUUGUUUAUUGUCUGAGCACAGAUCAAAUUCUGUAGGUGUCAACCAAAUUUUUAUACUUUGCAAAUAUUUUCCAAAAUACCUCUCUGCUUCCAAGCCAUUAAUUGCUGGUGAAGCUUGUUUUCAUUUUGUACAUUAAUUUUUGUGCUUAUUUUUACUAUAUUGCCAUACCCUUAAUAGAAGAAAAGCAGAGCUAAAGGGAAGAAAAUGAGAUGCUGAGACUGUCAGAAGGUGAGAAAUUGGAGUCAUAAUCAUCUUAAGUGUUCUAAGGGAACUCAAAUAGCCCAGCUCUUUCUUUUAUAGAAAAAGAAACUUUUCCAAGCUAUGUAGCAUUACUUACAGUGUGUGAAAUUUAGUUUGAUAGCUGUACAAUUUUAAUCUUGAUAUAUGCCAUGAUAACUAGUAUGCUUAGUUUACUUCUUUAAUGCAUGUGAACAUAACAAUGCUGAAAAGACUACUACCACAGUAUUAAAAAAAAAAAAAAAGGAUGUUAUAUAUAUCCCUGUCAUCAGUACCUAUAUAUAAACUCUUCUUGCCUAAAACACUCCACCUUUUUGGGCACUAACUAGAUCAUUUUCAAGGAAACAAAAAGGAAAGAGCUGGCACUCCCGCGCGUGUGUGUGCGUGUGCGUGUUGAGAAUUUAAAAGACAUUGUUUAGGAAAAUAAGCUGGGAAUUGAAUGGAAAGCACUCUGUGCAAAGUAUCCUUCCCAGUGUUGUUCACAGUGCAGUAACAAUGUUAAUAGUGGUGCUAAACUUGUUCUCCAAAUAAGCAUUGUUUGUUGUGGGGAAUUUUUAAUGGUAUCUUGGACAUUAGGAAGGCUACUUUAUGUAUCUCUUGCUCCUCGUUGUUUUCUGAUUAGUAAUUAGCAAAUCCCCCUGGAGUAAAAGGUUUGGUAUUUUAGUUUGAUUAGCAUUCCAUUAUUUGAAAUGUUCAGUGUUUGCUGGAAAUUGGGUGAAAAUACCUUUUGAAGACACAUUCUUUGAGCCUUAAAAAUGGCUGAUACCGACAGUACUGUAAGAUGCACUGCCAGCAGAUUUGAUACUUUUCAUUUCAGUACAGUGAUGUUUUCUAAGAAAGAUUUAGAAAUCAGUUGAUUAAACAUAACAAUUAUGUUUCAUUUAUGGAAUGAAAAACUAAUGUGUUUCUGAGAACGCCGGUAAGGUUAUGGCUGUUUCUGGAAGCACCUGUUAGAGAAGGUGCCUGAGGAAUUGCUUUUCCAGGUUGUACCAGAUUUUUGUUUUCUCCUUUAAUGUACAUAUUUUCCUUAAAAUGUUUUCAUUAGGUGAAUGGGUAAUAUCUGUAGUAAUAUUUUAGGUACCUGUUAGAUUUUUCAAGGAAGAUUAUUUAUUUUCAAAUUUGCUGCUAUAAUUGAAAACCCAAUAACUGGUCCUGUUGACUGUGCCUUUCAUCACUGUUUCUCUGUGCCACGACCGUUCAUGUGUAUUUGAAAUAAAGAAGUUUAAGAAGAAGCCAUGUUGAAUUCAAGAGUUCUUCUAAUAAAAAUAGAUAAAACUUUUAA